GGGUGAUGCGUACGUGCGGUGGUUUGGGAUCUCGGCGUAGUCUGAGCAUAAACUGGGAAAUAUCUUGGCUGUCUGACGGUGAGCGGUGUGACUACGGGUCUGGAGUGUUCGGUGAAUGCAUGGUUUCCGCCGAUAUAAGUCGACUCGUAGCCGCUAAACGGGUACCACUGGCUCUUAGAACGGGCUUUUAGGCUGUAUGUUUCAGAGCUAAUCCUCCUAGCAGCAGCAACAAUGGGUGUGGAAGUCGAAACAAUAUCUCCCGGUGAUGGAAGGACAUUUCCAAAGAAGGGCCAGACAUGUGUUGUCCAUUACAUAGGUAUGCUGCAGAAUGGGAAAAAGUUUGACUCGUCUCGAGACAGGAACAAGCCCUUCAAGUUCAAGAUCGGAAAGAGUGAGGUCAUUAAGGGUUGGGAGGAAGGAGUAGCACAGAUGAGCCUGGGCCAGAGAGCUAAAAUCACCUGCACACCAGACAUGGCUUACGGAGCAGUAGGUCACCCCGGGGUCAUCCCUCCAAACGCCACGCUUAUAUUCGACGUGGAGCUACUCAAGCUGGAGUGACCCCCCCCCCACGGUUAAACCCAAAGGCUUAAUGAGGCUGCGUUUGCCACAGGGAGACCAUAACCAGCGGCUGCCUCCCACAAUCCACCUCUGUUUUUUUUUUUUUUCUCUUCUUUUUUCUUUUGUUGAUUUCUACAGUUUUAUCCAGUUCACUGUUUAAAGGUAUCUACUGUUGCUUUGUUGCCACUUCAUCAUAACACAUAGUACAAGAAGCAAAUCACAUGUAAGACUGUUUCACAAACACUGUAUUUUUUUCUGUUUGCGUCAGAAAUGCUUCUUUUGUUCGAUUUCGUUUAAAGUUGUAAAUUUUGUUGAAUAGAUCUAAGCAGUCACUUGAAGAAAAGCCGUUCUACUUUGCAAUCAAAACUGCCUUACAGUUGAAAACACAGAGGAAAGGUACAUGUUGAAGUGCAGUACUGAAUACUCUGUACACUAACUGGGCAUUACCACUGUCUGCAUUGCCACUUUGAUAAAGGUUUGUCCUGCUGAAUGCUCUAACUGAUGUUGCUAUGUUUAGUAUAUUUUAUAUCCCUCAUAAACAUUUACUGCAAAUGUACCUUACAAUACCCAACAAUACUGUACAGGACUCAGUGACAGCCAUUGCUACUACGACAGUUUAUCGACCAACUCUUGAAUAAAAAUGGCAUGUACUGUGUUGAGAAA